AUGGCUCCUCUUUCAUGCUUCCUUCUUCUUUUUGCUCUUUCUCUUCUCACACCCACUUUCGUUUCCUCCUCUGCAGUUUCAGACCCUGAAAUGGUUGUUCAAGAGGUUCAAAGAAGCAUUAAUGCAUCUAGAAGAAACUUGGGAUAUUUAUCAUGCGGAACCGGGAACCCCAUCGACGACUGCUGGCGAUGCGACCCUAACUGGGAGAACAACCGGCAGAGACUAGCCGAUUGCGCGAUUGGGUUCGGGAAGAACGCGAUCGGCGGGAGAAACGGGCGAAUCUACGUGGUGACGGAUUCCGGCGACGACGACGCGGUGAACCCAAAGCCGGGAACGCUCCGUUAUGGCGCCAUACAAGACGAGCCGCUGUGGAUAAUCUUCAAGAGGGACAUGGUAAUCACGCUGAAACAAGAGCUUCUGGUGAACUCGUUGAAGACAAUCGACGGAAGAGGCGCGAGUGUGCACAUCGCCGGUGGGGGCUGCAUCACCAUACACUACGUGAGCAACGUGAUCGUUCAUGGGAUUCACAUUCACGAUUGCAAGCCAACCGGGAACACUAACAUCAGAGACUCGCCGGAGCACUCGGGGUUUUGGACGGUGUCGGACGGCGAUGGAGUGUCCAUCUUUAACUCGAAGAAUGUUUGGAUCGAUCACUGCUCGCUGUCGAAUUGUCGUGAUGGGCUCAUUGAUGCCAUUCAUGGAUCCACUGCUAUCACCAUCUCUAACAAUUACAUGACCCACCAUGACAAGGUUAUGCUUUUAGGACACAGUGAUUCGUACACGCAAGACAAGGACAUGCAGGUCACUAUUGCCUUCAAUCAUUUUGGAGAAGGCCUUGUCCAAAGAAUGCCAAGGUGUAGACACGGGUAUUUUCAUGUGGUGAACAACGACUACACACACUGGGAAAUGUAUGCCAUUGGAGGGAGUGCCAACCCCACCAUCAACAGCCAAGGAAACAGGUUUCUUGCCCCAGACAGAAGGUUCAGCAAGGAGGUAACAAAGCACGAGGAUGCUCCACAGAGUGAGUGGAUGAGUUGGAAUUGGAGAUCAGAGGGUGACAUGUUCUUGAAUGGAGCAUACUUCAGACAAUCUGGUGCUGGUGCUUCUUCCAUUUAUGCUAGGGCUUCAAGUCUUAGUGCAAGACCUUCUUCUCUUGUUGGAUCCAUGACCAUCACUGCUGGUGCACUAACCUGUAGAAAGGGAAACCAUUGCUGA